GUCCUGGCUCGACCUGUUUAUCUGAGGUUGUGCUGCGCUCAACGCUCGACCCGCACCAGCCAGUGCAGAAAAAAAGGGGGAGGUUCUCUGUCUGCUUUCAAUCAAUAACCUGUGGAAUUCAGAAAGACAAAUUCCCUCCAUUUUUUCCUCACCCUCUUCUACCUUGACAGGUGCGUGCCUCUGCCUGUGCGCGUUGUGUGUCGAGUGAGUGUGUGUGCGUGAGCGCAACUUGGAAGUAGGAGUGAGCACCAGCCAGCCAGCCAGCCAUGGCCGAGCCGACGUCUCCGGAUUACUUCAGCUGUCCGCUGUGUACCGAGUUCCUGCGGGACCCCGUGGCCAUCCCGUGCGGCCACAGCUUCUGCAUGGACUGCAUCAGUGGCUACUGGAACGAGGCAGACUACACGGGCAUCUACAUCUGCCCACAAUGCCGCAUCACCUUCACCCAGCGGCCCGUGCUGCGGCCCAACGCCACCCUCACCAAGGUGGCCGAGAAGAUCAAGAAGACCGGCCUGAACCUCAACUCGGCGCCACCCGCCUCUGUGCCCGCAGCCAACAGCUACGCAGGCCCCUCUGAUGUUCCCUGCGACUUCUGCUCAGGCAAGAAGCUCAAGGCGGUCAAGUCCUGCCUGAACUGCCUGGCGUCCUACUGCGACAAGCAUCUGAAGCCCCACUACGAGUCGGCCACUUUCAAGCGGCACAAGCUGGUGGACGAGCUGGGCAACCUGGACCGCAAGAUCUGCCCGCAGCACCAGAAGAGCCUGGAGCUGUUCUGCCGCACCGACCAGAUGUGUAUCUGCGCCAUCUGUACGGUCAGCGAGCACAAGGGUCACGACAUCGUGUCAGCUGAGGCGGAGAGGGGCGAGAAACAGAAACUCCUCGGCGUGUCUCAAGCUGAAAUCCGACAGAAAUACGAACAGAGAACAAAAGAACUGGAGGAGCUGAAGACAGCUGUGGACUCCCUGAAGAGCUCUGCCCAGAGGGCCAUGACGGAGAGCAAGAAGAUGUUUGAUGAGAUGAUCACCUCCAUCGAGAGGAUGAGGUCAGAGGUCACCAAGCUGAUCAACAUCAACGAGAGGGCGGCCUUCAGCCAGGCCGAGGGCCUGAUGGAGCGGCUGGAGCAGGAGAUUGACGAGCUGAAGAAGAAGGAGACGGGACUCAAGCAGCUCUACAGCACAGAGGACCACAUCCACUUCCUACAGAACUUCAACUAUCUCUGCACCCCUACGGAUGACGGGUUUGUGCCCAGGGUCAGCCUUAACCCUGACUUCUCCUUCUCAGCCGCCAGGAAGGCUGUCUCCGAGAUCAAGGAGAGGCUGGAGGAGAUCGGCAGAGAGGAACUCAUGAAGAUCUCCAAGUCAGUGAAUGAAGUUCCUGUUUACACAAUGGAGAACCGCACCCGUGAAAAGAGCUCCAGAGUUGCCAAAGAAGUUGCCAGUGUAGUUGCCAGCGUAGUUGACAGUCCACCGCCCCCAGAGCCAAAGGGCCGGCCUGAAUUUCUGAAAUACUUCUGUCAGCUCAGACUGGAUGCCAAUACGGCCUAUAAGGAGCUGCACCUCUCUGAGCGUGACCGCAAGGUGACCAGGACACGGGACCUGCAGCCAUACUCGGAGACCCCAGAGCGUUUCGACAGCUUCGCCCAGGUGUUGUGCCGAGAGGCCCUGUCCGGCGGACGCUUCUACUGGGAGAUCGAGUGGAGCGGGGAGUUCUCCAUCGGUGUGGCCUACAAGGGCCUCAGUCGAAAGGGCAAAGGCUCCCUCUGCUUGCUGGGAUACAAUGACAAGUCCUGGAGCCUGCUGUGCUCUGACUCUGGGUACUCGGCCUGGCACAACCGAGUGGACAAGGCCGUCAAAGGACCCCAUUCACCGCGGAUAGGCGUCUACCUGGAUCACAAGGCCGGCGUUUUGGCCUUCUACAGCAUCGGGGAGACCAUGACCCUGCUGCACAGAUUUGAGACCACCUUCGCUGAGCCACUGUACCCUGGCUUUGGCGUGGGGACUUCUGUCAAAAUCUGUCAAGUCAAAUGAGCUUUUCCAUGCAGUUUUUCACAUUUUUUUCCAUUGUAGAAAAUGCAAAUGUGUCAAGUUGUAAACGAACAAACCAACACAGUGAUUUUCUGUAUGUACGAUUUUUAAAAGACUUUUGGUGUAUUUAAUGCUUUUUCUUUUUUAACCAGUAUAUCAACUGCUGUGAUGAUGGACAAUUACACUGACUUUUUUACUGCUGUUUUAACUGUUGCUCGUUACAAAGGUAUUGCUUCACAUUUUCUUAAAUUGACAUGUUUGAAUACAAAUAUUUAUCAGAAAGUCCAUUUCACCCACGUGUAUCCUUUUUAUUCCAAUAACCCAUUUAUAUUUUAAUAAAGU